UAAUGAAAAUGGAAAAUACUCUCCAAGUUGUUUUACAAUGACAAAUACAGAAAAAGAUGUAUUUCUUGCAACACUAAAGAGUGUAUUACUGCCAGAUGGUUACUCAAGUAAUAUUUCAAGAUGUGUUGAUUUGAAGAAUCGCAAGAUACAUGGAUUGAAAAGUCAUGAUUGUCACAUUCUUAUGGAACAUCUAUUGCCAAUUGCCAUACGUAAUCUAUUACCAGAUCAAGUUUGUAUGGUUUUGGUAGAAUUGGGUUCUUUUUUCAGACAAAUAUGUAGUAGAGUAUUAAAUGUCAAAGAGCUUGAUAACCUUCAAAGUCGACUUGUGCUAACAUUAUGCCAUAUGGAAAUGAUAUUUCCACCAUCAUUUUUCACAGUAAUGGUGCAUUUAGUUGUUCACCUUGUUGAUGAGGUUAAGCUUGGAGGUCCUGUUCCAUACCGAUGGAUGUACAGCAUUGAGAGGUACUUAGGACAUUUGAAGUCUUUUGUACGCAACCGAGCAAACCCAGAAGGUUCUAUAGCCGAAGGUUAUAUUGCUGAAGAAUGUCUUACAUUUUGCUCAAGGUAUUUAGAAGGUGUUGAAACAAGGUUCAACCGAUCUAGGCGUGUUGAUGAUGUGCCAUUUUAUGCUGAAAAUAUUCAAAGCAAUAUCUUCAAACAAAUUGGUCGACCAGUAGGCAGUGUUUCAACUUUCCAACUAACUGAUAUAGAGAAACAACAAGCACAUCGAUAUGUGCUAAUGAAUUGCAAACAUGUUGACAAAUACGUUGAGGAAUUUACAGUUUUAACGAAGAGACGACUAAGAAGGCGGACGAGAUCUUCUGCUGAGAUUCAAAAAAUAGUUAAUAGAGAUUUUUCCAAUUGGUUUGCAAAGAGAAUCCUAAAUAAUGACAAUCAAGAGCAAGUGCCAGAUGACAUUAUGUUUUUAGCAAGAGGUCCACUUACUCAUGCUAGAGGAUUUUCUUCAUAUAACAUUAAUGGUUUAAGAUUUCGAACAGUGAACCGAGAAGAAGGACUGAAGUCUCAAAAUAGUGGAGUAUUUGUUAUUGCUGGAACUCCAAGUGUUGCAAGUAGUCGUGAUACUCAUGGGGUUUUUGGAGAUGUUGCUUAUUAUGGAAAAUUGGUUGACAUCAUUGAACUCAAUUACUACAGCAAAUUUGUGGUUACACUAUUUAAGUGUAUAUGGGCUGAUACGACUACUCCAAGAGGGAUAAGAAGAGAUCAUUAUGGCUUCACCGAAGUUAACUUCUCUAGAACAAUACAUGUUGGAGAUAGUAUAGAUGAUGAACCAUAUGUGUUAGCUGAACAAGCUCAGAUGGUGUUUUAUGUCACUAAUGAGAUGGAGAAAGAUUGGAAUGUUGCAAUACCUUUCAAACCAAGAGACUUUUUUGACAUGGGUGAAAAUGCUGACAGUAGCGUAUAUGAUUGUACUUCAAUCUCAAGUGAAAACCAAAAUCCUGUGGUUUUAAAUGAGAUUGAAAAUUUGCAGUUAACAAGAGAAGAACUAAAUGAUGAAAUAACCACUGUUGUUGAUAGUGGAAUUGAAAGAGCAGAUAAUGAUUAAAUUGUACAGGUCAACAUGCUUGCUUUCCUAGAGCCUUGCUCUUUUUCUUCUUAUUUUUUGUUCAUUUCUGUUUUAUUCUUUGAGAUCACUAACCCUUGAACUGAAUUCAAACUGAAAUUUGUUUUUUAUUUGAUGUGUAGGUAUGCUAGAGUAGAAGAACUCACUCGAUUAUGCAAAUAAUCUACUUUCUUCCAAAUGGCAAGGUAUGC